AAGAGAUAUUGUAGCAAUACUUAUACAAAUAAUUAUCAGUCUCCAAUGUAUUACUGCACUUUCUAGUUCUCGAAUAGCACUAAUCAAGGAUAUAUCAAUCCCAAAACUCGAAUUGUUAUCCAUACUAAUUGGAGUUAGAGCAGGCCGAUUCGUAUUAGACCAAUUAUCGUGUCAUGGGAAAUAUGUAACUGUGUGGUCAGAUGCAAAGUCUGCCCUUUUCUGGGUGAAAAAUGAAUCAAAGGCACUCCCGCGAUUUGUGCAAAGACGGGUUGAAGAAAUUCGAAACUCACACUUUAAGUUACGAUAUAUAGCGAGCCAUGACAAUCCAGCUGAUGUAGCCACUAGAGGAAUUUCACCAACAAAACUUCGUUACAACAAACUAUGGUGGAAUGGCCCUUAUUGGCUAGAUAAAGACCAAUCACUGUGGCCAAAUUGCGAGUUCAGCUAUAAUGCAAAGGACGAAGUUAUGCAAGCGCGCACCGUUUUGGUACAUGGAAUAAGAUCAUCAGAGCCACCGUUUGGGCUCUUCGAUUUAUUAAAAGAUCUUGUAAAAGAGACAUAUCUUGGUUAA